UCAAUCAGUGUAAAUUAAGCAGUUUUGUCUGUUUCUUCUUUUGCAGCUCGUCUUCCUUCAUUUCAGCUGUAAAUACUGGAAUAUUCCCAUCAGUCUACAAGUGAAGACGAGCAUCAGACCAUCAGGAAGAAGAGAAAUCUGCAAAGACAGAGUUUAUUGAAGGACAGUGAGAAGAUGAGUGAUCCAGAAUCCUGCAGAAUUAAAGAGGAAGAGACUGAAGAACUCAUAGAUGUGAUCGUGAAGGAGGAGAGUGAAGAACUGAAUGAAGAUGAGGAGAAACAUCAGGUCAAAAGUGAAGAAGAAACUCAAUCAGAGACUGAACGUUUAUCUUUGCAAACAAACACAAACAACAAUUACAACCUGAUGGUGAAGAAAGAGGAAAGUGAAGAACUGUGUGAAGACAAGGUCUAUCGUAGCGUUCAUACAGAAGUGAAGUCAAAUUCAUGCUCUUUGUGUGGAAAGAGUUUUAAACGGCUGUCGAAUUUAAAACGACACCAGAGGAUUCACACUGGAGAGAGACCAUACAGCUGUGAUCAAUGUGGGAAGAGUUUCAAUCAAUCAUCAACGCUUAAUCAACACAUGCUGACCCACACUGGAGAGAAAACACACAGAUGUGAUCAAUGCAGCAAAACAUUUUUGAGGCCUUCAGAGCUGAAGAAACAUCUUAGAGUUCAUACAAAGGAGAAGCCUUAUCCAUGUUCUGAGUGUGGAAAGAGUUUUACACAACAGGCAGAAUUAAAAUUACAUCAACAAAACCACACUGGUGUGAUGGAGCAUGUCUGUUUUGAGUGUGGGAGGACUUUUGAUACAGCUUUAGGCUUGACAAAGCACCAGAAGAUUCACAGUGGAGAGAGACCAUUCAAAUGUACUGAGUGUGGAAAGAGUUUCACACGGUCAUCACAUCUUAAGGAACACAUGAGGAUCCACACUGAAGAGAAAUCACACAGAUGUGAUCAAUGCGGAAAAACGUUUCUAAAGCCUUCAGAUCUGAAGACCCAUCUUAGAGUUCAUACAAAUGAAAAACCUUAUUCAUGUUCUGUUUGUGGAAAGAGUUUUAGACAUCUGUCAAAUUUAAUGGCACAUCAGAAGAUCCACACUGGGGUUAAAGAGCAUGUGUGCUUUGAGUGUGGGAAUAGUUUUAUUACAGCUCGACAAUUGAAACAACACCAGAUGAUCCACACUGGAGAGAGACCUUACAAGUGUUCUCACUGUGACAAGGGCUUCAUUUACUUACAAAACCUGAAACAACACCAGAAGAUCCACACUGGAGAGAAACCUUACAAGUGUUCUCACUGUGACAAGAGAUUCAGUUUGUUACAAAACCUGAAACAACACCAGAUGAUCCACACUGGAGAGAAACCUUACAAGUGUUCACACUGUGACAAGAGAUUCAAUUUUUUAAAACAGCUGAAAUCACAUCAGAGGACUUACACUGGAGAGAGACCUUACACGUGUUCACACUGUGCCAAGAGAUUUAGUCAGUUACACAAUCUGAAAAACCAUGAGAGAAUUCACACUAGAGAGAAGCUGUACACAUGUACUCAGUGUGGAAAUAGUUUCACAAAAUCACCACACCUUCAUUGGCACAUGAUGAUCCACACUGGAGAGAAAACACAGAUGUGAUCAAUGCGGCAAAAAAUUUUUUUGAGGCCCUCAGAGCUGAAGAUCCAUCUUAGAGUUCAUACAAAGGAGAAGCCUUAUUCAUGUUCUUUAGCUCCAUCCGAAUCUUGCUCAGCCCCCCAAGAAUUUCCUAAUUAUUUUCCUUUUUUCUUUUUCAAGAGAUAACAAUCAGUUUUCGUUUAAAAGCCUUAACCAGCCUUCUUCUCUUUCUGUAUUUGGGCUUCCAAAGGACACGACACAAAGAGAGAAGUGCUUACAAUUUAAUUUUAAUUAUGUUCCAGAUAAUUAUAAUAAAGAUAUAGCUCUAGCAUUUGACAAAGGAGAGCUUCCAGAAUCUCUCAGUUCAGUGCUGGAUUCGGCUAAAAACUCCUCCAACCAUAUUAGAAGAAGCUGUGGAUUGUGAGCCACAACUUGUAAGUGUUUUUAUUUGUUCAAAUUGAUCUAUUAUAUGCACAUUUUCCAGCAUUAAUGGGAUUUUGUAGCGAGGAUGUAAACAACCGGAAAUGCUGUUUGGCAUUGUAAACAUCCAAACUGUGUGACAAACUUAAAACUGGCAUUGUAAACAGCCGCAGUCUUCAGCAGCGCUGCAGUGUCUCUCUAUGCAGCCGCUUUCCCUGCGUUCUACAUCGCAAAUAACAAACUCACAAAAGAUAUGAGAGUGUUUCAUAUCACUUACACAUAUAACCUAAAUCUAUAUGAAAGAUACUUGUCAGAUUUUAUUUUACAGAGCAGGCAUGAGGUUCAGCUGUAUCCUCUGUGUCAUUUUCUGUUUGAUUCAGGCUCAAAUGAAAAAGAAAGUAGUGAUUUCUAAAUUUGCUUGGACUUAUACAGACGAUACAAAAAAAUUAUUAUUUUUUAGGGGGUUUCGCCUUUAUUGUGCUAGAACAGUGAAGGACAGACUGGAAAGCAUUAGGAGCAGCGAGAGGGCAAGGAUCGGCAUAGGACCUCGAGCCAAGAAUCAAACUUGGGUCGCCGUGAGCACCUUGGUGCCAUAUGUUGGCAUACUUAACCACUAGGCUAUUGGCGCCGACACAACAAACAUUAAUUAACGUCAUGAUUUUUAUCCCAAUUUUGAUUCUUGCAACACAUUUCAAUAAAGUUGUAUCAGUACAUCAUUUA